AUGGGGCCAUUGACUGGGUCAACAGCACAGUCAACAGGGCCAUUGGGCCAUAACGGGUUUGGGCAACAGGCGGAGGCCAAACCCACCCGGGUGCGGGACAACGCCGACGCGGAGCCACCAGCGUGCGCGUGGGCCGGCCGGAGCUGCCCCGGCCACGGCGAGCAGAGGGGGCGGCACGGCAAGGGUGGGCGCGCGAAGAGGGGAAGCAGGGAGGCUACGGCGGAGGGAGAGCAGCGGCAGGGGCGAAAGCGGGAGGAGGGGCGCGCAGCGGCGAGCAGCCUCUCGGUCGAUCCCAUCUCUCCCGAUCCCCUCGCUCCUUGCCUCUUUCCUCCUCGCGCCGCCACCCACAGAGGGAAGCGUUCACGCUCUCGCUUGACCAACUUUCAUGCUCGCCUUGCCGUGCCGCCCGGCCGUGCUGCCCCGCAGCUCCUCCCGCCGUCCUCGCACCGCCACCUAGAUCUCCGCGCCCGGUCGUGGGCGGCGCUCACCGGCGCGCGUGUGCGCUCACCUGAGCCGCCCGUCCACCGCCUCGUCACCGGCGGCCCCCGCCUAGUCGGCCACCGAAGCAAGCCGGCCAACACCACCGGCUCCUUCUACGCGACGCCCGUACCCUCCUCCGCCGGCAGGCCCGCACCCAUGUCGAGCGGGGGAGCUCGCGCCAGAGCCUUCCUCCCCAAAGCCAUGGCGUCCACUGUGGAUGCACCAUCUCCGUCGCGCCCUCCUUCUACUCACCAUCGCUACAUUGGAGCCCAGGAGCCAGACGCCACCGACGACGAAUCCUACUACAUUGGAGGUCCCUACUACUACGUGCAGGCUGCCAAUGACGACCGGAAGUAGUUUAGAAGGAUCCCAGACAAGUGGCCUACGCCUCUUUCGAUCUGUAUCCCAGUUUGUACUAGCCAUCUUAUGGCAACUUGUUUAACUUAUGUCUGUACUCAGAUAUUGUUGCUUCCGCUGACUCGUCUAUGAUCGAGCACUUGUAUUUGAGCCCUCAAGGCCCCCAGCUUGUAUUAUGAUGCUUGUAUGACUUAUUUAUUUUUAGAGUUGUGUUGCACUGGUA